UGAAGCUUGACUGUGUCUCUUAAUUUCGGAUGAAGGGAAGGAGAGGGGGGCGGGAGAGGAGAUUGUAAUCACUCCUGUCGCUUUAAGGACACUUAUCAAAGCCUUCUUAUGCGAAUAGAAAAUACCACGAGCCCCGGAGCAACUGAGCCGCAAAGGGACGGACCGGAGUGGAUUUAUAGGGAACUCAACAUGAUCUAAACUGGAAUAGACCGCUUCAUCGCCUCAUGGAGUUUGGCUACACACUGGAUGGUUGUCUUAUUCGGACGGUUCGGAUCAUUUAGGGAAUAUUGCGCAUAAGUAGCUUUCAGACUCGGGAUCCUUUUUUUUUUUUGCAGCCCGCAGUUCGGGGAGAGAAAUAUGGUCUAAAACUCACCGCGGACGGGAUUAUUCACUCAGCCCGCAGCCUCGAUCGAUCGGCUGCGUACUUGUUCGCCAGGCGUGUUUGUUGUUUCGGACGGAUAGUACAGAGCUCUCCCCCCCGCCUGACAGCCCUGGAUCAUGGAUCGGGGUGGUGGAAAACAACAACGGCCAGCGACCGGAUUGCUCUGCGCCGUCUGCGGCAUGCAGCGAGCUUAGGCUACAACACCGCUUGUUAUUAUUCCGAUGCAACAAAAGUUACAAAGCGGCUACAAUGCGUGCAUCUUCUUAACCCGGUCGCCGUUUUGCACCUGCUUUAGCGGACACCGCGUCGACACAGCGCCGAUUCGUGACAAAAAUAACGCGUGGAUCCGCGUCGCUUUUUCCCCCCGCUGUGGCUGUCGCCCGAGCGGCAUACCUGAACAUUUGCUUAUCGUAAUGGAGAUUGCUGAGGUUUAUACUCAAGCUUUCUCCGACAACAUGGAUGGGAAAUUGAAACCGGGUCGGAGGUGCCGGACCAAGCGGGAGAGGGUGCGGAGGUUGCGGGAGGCAGGAAGCAGAGACGCCCGCAGCCCCGACCCCAACUCCUCCUGCUCCGACAGGGAGGGACACAGUCCGGGGAGGGACGCCGCCUCCCUGCCCGGUAAGAAGGCGCCUCACCCCGCAGCAACCGCCAGAGCUCCGCGUACCCCCCGGCGGAAGAGACGCGAGUCCAGCUCGCAGGAGGAGGACAUCAUUGAUGGAUUUGCUAUCGCCAGUUUCAUCAGCCUGGACCGUCUGGAGAAGAAGACCGGAGUUGUGAAGACACAGGAGAAGAAGGAGCGGUGGAAGGAGAAAAAGGUGGCAAAGCGGCAGAAAAAGGAGGAUGAGGAGGUGGGGGGGGAAGAGGAGAACGUCCAGCCAGUGGUGGAUGCCCUGGAGAAUGGCUUCCUUCAUCACGCCCAGCGGGAGCAGGAGAGAAUGACAGAGAGGCUGCUGAAGAAGACUUACUCCAAGAGGAACAAAAUGAUCAAACCUUUUGCACUUUGUCCAGUCAAAGUCAGAGAGGACGAGAAGGUGCAGGAGCUCAACCGACCGCACAGAAGCAACUCCAAGGAGCAGCUCACCGAGAGUUCCAUUCACUCGCUGUCAGGCCGCGGCUACUCGGUGCAGCCAGCAGCAGUGGCCCUACUCAAGUGUGACAGUGAGAGUGACAUUGACGACAAGGUGUCUGAUGUAGGAUCGGAGAAGCUUUUUUCCCCCACCACACCCAAAGGUGUGCCAACGAAUGACUGUCCAGAGUCCAAGACUUGUAGCUCAGCCAAAGUAUCAGGGCUCCAGCGCAGCCAGGAGCAGAGCAACAGUGAGGUGCCCUUCACGCCUCCUGUGCCCAGCCCCACCCCAGCUUCGGCGCCUACGGGCUCCCCUGCCCCUGCUGCAGCGGCGGCCCCCCCAGAACCCCCUAGGUCGUGCCUCCCCACCCCGCCUCCUGUCAGUGUCAAGAAGGAGCCCCACCCUCUGGCCCCUAUCCCUACCCCUCCCCUGUUGAGGGCGCCACCCCACCCCCACCCCCACCCCCACCCUCACCCUCACACCCACCCUCACACCCACCCUCACCACCCUCACCCUCCUCACCCACACUUGCACCAGGAGGCCUGUGUUCAUCUGCCCUCACAGCACCACGCACGGCCAAUAAUCAGCCACCAGGUGCAUCACCCGCUGCAGUACAACAGCCUCCACGACAUCAGCCACAGAAGCAGUCCAUUGGGUCUUCCCAAACAGCACUUGCCCCCAUCCCCUCACCACCACGUCAGCGGGCUCCCAUCUUCUGCCCCCGCCUUGCCUCUGUCCAUAGCUAACCUCUCUACCUCGCACUAUUCUUCCCUACGGAGCCCGGCCCAUCGCCAUCCGGCCAUGUUUGCAACCCCAGCCACACUGCCGCCACCACCUACCUUACCGACCAACAGUUUAGUGGUUCCUGGGCACCCCGCCGGCACCCCUUAUCCAGAGCAUGGUCUCCUGAGGCAGGAGCUGAACAACCGCUUCCUGGUUCAGAGUUCGGAGCGGGGCCGGGGGCCGUCCGCCUCACCACUGGCCCCCGUUUCGCUCCUGAGGGCAGAGUUUCACCAACAUCAGCACAUGCACCAGCACCAACACACCCACCAGCACACCUUUACGCCCUUCCCCGCCAGUCUGCCCCCGGCCGCCAUCCUCACCCCGCCCACCGCACCCCCCAUGGUGCGUAACCAAGCCAGAAAUUUUGACAAAUACGCCCCCAAAAUGGACAAUCCCUUUAUCAGACAUUCAAACUUCUUCCCCUCCUACCCCCCCACCAUGCCAGGCAUGCCCCCGCUGCUCCCACACUCAGGACCCUUCAGCUCGCUGCAAGGAGCCUUCCAGCCCAAGGCAUCUAAUUCCAUUGAUGUUGCGGGACGUCCUGGAGUACCUCACACACUCCUACUAGAAGGAUCCCGGAUAACAGAUCCAUUCAGGACAUCUGUUAGGAAACCUGGCAAGUGGUGCGCAGUGCAUGUCCAGAUCGCAUGGCAGAUCUACCACCACCAGCAGAAAAUGAAGCAAAUGCAGCUGGAUCCUCACAAACUAGACAUGAAUGGGAAGCUGGACCUGUUCAGUCGACCCCAAGCUCCAGGAGUCUUCCCAGGGUUUCCGUACACUCAUGACCUGGCACGACCCCUCUUCUCUUCCACAGGCUCUGGUCACCCCGCUCCCUCUCCGUAUGGCCACGUCCCCCACCCUAGCGGCUUCCUGCCUCCUAGCCAUUUGGCAGGUAAGUAUCCUUUCAGUCGCUCCAGUUCCUAUGGCGGCCUCGGCAACCUUUCAAGCAGUGCCUUCGGAGGAUUAGGCAACCCUUCGCUUGGGUCCAACAGCAUGUUUGGCACCAAGGAGGGGCCAGGAGGACUGCCCACGUUUGGCAGCCCCCACCACGACACCUGGAACAGACUUCGACGCACCCCGCCAUCUUUCCCUACCCCGCCACAGUGGCCCAAAACCGCAGACACUGAGCGAAGCAGCUCAGCCAACAUUCAUGAGAGAGAACGAGAACGAGAGCGAGAAAGAGAAAGAGAAAGGGAAAGGGAAAGAGAAAGAGAAAAAGAGAAAAGAGACUCGUCCACCGGGAAGGAGGAGAAAGAUAAAGACAGGGAUUCUGUGGAUCGCAAUCGUCACUCCAACCGUUCAUCUCCGGCCUCCGCGCCAGUCAGCUACCAGAUCAGCAGCCUGAUACGCUCAAACAGCCAGAACUCUUGUGACUCGGGGCGACAUCACAGUGGCAGUGUAGAUCGAGUCCGUGAGGCGGAGAAGGAGCUACUGGAGCGCCACAGGGAGUCUUCCACGCUGGGUGAUGUGAAGGUGAAGGAGAGCCGGUCGCCUGGCAAGGAGAUUCUAGAGAGGAGAUCCUCAGAAGACUCCAUCAAACCCGCUCAACGUUCUCCUUCCCCAUACUCCAAGGCAGUGAUCAAUGAGCAGGGCAUGAAAAUGGCUGGUGGGCCCCCGCCUACACUCAAGGACAGCGAGAGGAAAGAGCCCCCACCUGCUGAGCUCCUCCACAAGGUGAAAAAUGACAUGAAGAUUAAGGAGGAAAGGAAGGAGGAGCAGGAGGUCAUGCUGGUAAGUUCGGAGCGCCCCCAGCCACCAGUCCAAGCUCUCCCUGCUCAAAUCAGCCAGCCUGUAAACCCGCACCACCACCACCCACCUUUGUCCCACCAGCACCCUCUUUCCUCACCACGUGGCAGUGACAUUCCAGCACCUGUUAUGCAUGGUGUCCCCAUGGGACACUCUCUGCCCCUUUCAAUGAGUGCCAUGCCCCAGAUGGGAAGCCUCAAUGUGCUAGACCGGGCGCGCAUGGCUCCCUUCAUGGGCGUGAGCCCUCUGGCAGGAAGAGAGCGCCUGCCCCACCAGGCCUUCCCUUGGGACCCCCUUAGAGAGGCCUACCGCAGCCUGGACCUGCAGCGGCGCAUGGACUUCCAGCUCAGGGCCGAGCAAGGACAUCGCUUCCCCAGUGUGUAUGAUCAGGAACGAGCCUACCGCGAAAGGGAGGCUCACGACUACUCUCACCACGAGCACCUGUUAGAGGUGCGCAGGGAACACGAGAGGAUGAGACAGCAGGCGGAGGAGCGAGAGCGCCUCCACCUUAGAGAGGAGCUGGACAGAGCACGCCUCCAUCAGUUGCACCAGUCCCCCAUGGAGGGCCAUCUACCCCACAUGCCCCCCUUUAUGCCCCACCUAGGCGGCAUGCACUACCCUAGACUCAGCCCCUCCACAGGACACAACGGCCCUCUGAACAGAACACCACCGACUGCUGCACUCAGUGCUCCCCCGCCCCUUGUACCAGCCGGCAGUGCCAGGCUAGCCUCACCCAGGAGGACUACCCCCCUCACCACCCAAGACCCACGGGACUACUCCCCAUCUCGCAACCCCAAAGAGGUAGAGGCUCGGUAGCUUCUUAGAAGAGUGCACAAAGUCUUUCUAGACGCACUCCACAGAAGCCCCACUCUCCUAAUCCGAAAUCUUCUUGUGAACAAAAUGCACUGCUCUGAACCAGAUAGGAGCACAACUUCCUUAGGGAAAGGGUAUGAUUGUACAAAGUAAAGGUGUGUAAGGCUGAUUAAGCACAUGCCAUGACUUUAUUUUUAGUGGACUGGAGGUUGAAAAAUGUCGGUCGAGAGAACAUAAAUGUGUAUGUUUAUAUCCGACUUAAAUAUUUGAUAAUUAUUAAUAUAUUAAUCAAAUACCUUUUUUUCAGCUCUGUUCGAAAAGAAAGGUCCUGAAAUGAGUUUGUACAUUUCCUAUACUUGUUCCAUGUAUAGAUAUCAUUUCUAUGAAUUUUAUGUAUUUUGUGCAUUAGUCAUGCCUUUUACAAUAUUUAUCCCAGUUGAUUGUGAGACAUAUCCAUUAUGACCCACUGUAAAGACUGGAUUUGGUUUCAACCUUCAGUAAUUUAACCUCAUGGUACCAGGAUAUCCUCAAUGAUGACAAUGUACAAUGUUACAUUACCGAUUUGAUUUGUUCAUUUGUUUUGCCUUUGAGAUAUGCAGAUAAAAUAUAUAUUAUGAGGUCUUUAUUCAGUCUCUGUAAAGAAAACUCAUGUAAAUAACUUGUUGAUAUUCCUUUGCUGCAAAAUUACAGUGUACAUUUAUUAGUCUUUUUAACCAUUUCUAGAAAAAUGAAAUGAAAUGAAACUUGGGGAAUCACUUCUCUGUUGAAUAUCAUGGCAACAGACAUGCCUGGCCAAUGGAUGAGAAGUAUAACGAGAGGGUGUUGUAGGGGGGCCGAGAAGGAUCAUCUGCAAUCUAUGCAAAGCAGCACACAGCACCCUAAUGAAGAAAUCACCCGGAGGGAGCAGACAAUACUGGUGAUACUGAAAGAUACUUGGAUUAACACUUGUUUAUAAAUAAUGAUGGAAUUAUUGAAAGACUUCCAAGUCAAAAACUGGACCAGCCCCAGACAGACAAGAAGGACACUUUUUAGUGGGUGGCAAAAGGACUUUCUCUGUCAACCUUGUGGUGUUGUGCAGUUGUUUUUCUUAGACUCUUGUAUACAAAACAAGUAGAGUUUUAGGCGUGCAAAAAAAUGAAAAUGAACAUUCUUGGUUUAAAAUGUACGGAAUAAAGUUUGGACCUAAUGUCA